AUGCGGGAAACAGGUUUCUGGUCAGGAUGUCACCAGGUUUAUGACGAUAACCGGACGGCGAUCGGAACCGUUAAAUCGGUUCGGCGGGUUCCGAUCUCAAGGAGCCUUGCCACCGCAAGCAGGGUUACGGAGAUGUAUGAGAUAGAGAUGCUCAAACAGGAGAUAGCUAUUGACGAGCAUAAAAUACCUCUUGCUGAUCUUUAUCAAAGGCUGAGUACCGACCCGUUCACCGGUAUGAGCAGUCAGCAGGUGGAAGUUGCUUUACAGAGGGAUGGAGAGAAUAAAAUAACAACACCAAUAGAGCCUCCGACCUGGGUCAGGUUUUGUAAAAACCUGUUUGGCGGAUUUUCCCUCCUUCUCUGGUUGGGAGCUUUCCUCUCCUUCGCGCAUUAUUCCAUCGAGACAGGAGUUCAUAGUGAAGUUUCACCGGAGAACUUGGUAUUAGGUUUUGCUCUGAUUAUCGUUAUUCUUAUCACAGGGAUAUUCUCUUUCAUACAGGUAUAUUUAUUCAUUUACAGAUCUCACGGAAAAAUAUGUCAGGAAGGAAAAGAAUCUGAAAUGAGACAAGAGUAUAACAGAUUAAUACCUAAUGAAGCUACGGUUAUCAGGGAUGGCGAGGAAUAUGGGUUGGAAGCAAGAGAAUUAGGAAAUUAG